ACACCUGGGGAGUGAGAAGCCGAGCAUUGCUCCCCAUUCGCAAGCAGCGGCAUACUGGUUCCCCACACAGAUAGGACACAAUGCACAUGACCAGCUGCUCGUGCCUCGAACACGGACGCCAAUCCCCCAGGCUAACCAGGCCAGAAGCCAGGGACCCAGACCGAGACCGAUAAACCAGGCAACCGAUUCCACACGGACCAAGUCGAGUGGGCGUCUGUGGUUCGCUUCCAAGCGGCUGGACGUUCACGAUCGCCAAUAUGCCGAUACCGAGACCGAGACCGAGACACCAAAGCAAUCGGGAGCCUAGCCAAGCAUUCGAAGCGGACCUGGGGAUCUGGCUCCAUAUCUCAGGGGCAGAACCUGAACCCCACUACCCACGCUAAUGGAAUACAAAUUAGAUGAAAACACGCUAUCCUAGCCCUCGAAAAGUGACUCUAAACUGAUUAUAUACAUACAUUCCAUACAUACAUCCGGAUCCGAGGAACAAUAAAGAUUUGAUGGAGCUGGCUCUGAAUAAACCAUCGUCCUGCGUGGACUGCUGCAAGGACUGCACUCUGCUGCCCUGCUGUUCUGCCUCCGCCUGCUGCGACGCCAACUGCGACGCCGCCUGCGGAUUACUACCCCCCGAUCCGGUUAGAUAUGAGUACCAGGAGCCGGAAGAGAACUUUAUAUCCAUAGAUGAUGUGAAAAUCAAGAGUUUCCUGUGGCAAAUCGGCCAGCAGCAAAGGGAAAAGGAGUUGGAAAUUAAGAGAGUAAGGGAACAGGAGAAAAGGGAGAAAAGAGAGAAGGAAAAGCGGGAGGCCGAAAGGCGAAGAGUCGAAGAGGUAAUCGAAUUGGACGAGGAGGAGGCUCCAUCACCCAGGGGUCUCAUUAUCAGCGCAGCCAGGAGCCUAGCGCAUUGGAAUUCAUCCAUUAGAAGGAUAACGCCAGAUAUCGAGCUCAUUCCCAGACAGGUGCACACGAUUGUCGCAGAAAUCGAACUGAGUGAUAGUGAUCACGAUGAAGCUAGCGAGGAAGAAGAAGAUGUUAAUCUUCCAUCAAAUGCUGUAAGCUGCGUCCUGAAUGAGCAGAGACAGGAGGAAACCCAGAACGAGAAUCCCCAGGAACAGGUAAUCAUCGUGCCCUCCGACCAGGAGGAGGAAGAGAAAGCGGACAAUGGCAUCAAAAGGAGAUCUUCCGGCUCGCGGAGAUUACUAAAGAGGCGUCCAGGUGCCAACAGAAGAGGUAGGCAUAUGUACGAAUGUCCUGACUGCGGAAAGAAAGUGCAAUCUAACUACAAUCUAAGACGUCAUAUGAUGAUACAUACAGGUGAAAGACCGUUCCCAUGUGAUCUGUGCGAACGACGUUUUCGGGAAUUUAGCGAUCUUAAGAAGCAUCGUCGAAGGCACUCACAUGAUCCCCAAUUCAUUUGCAUGAUCUGUCACUUGGGACCACCUUUGGAGCAGGACUCCACAAGGUGCGCGGACUGUGAAAGCAAGAAUCUUAUGGUAAAACCUCAACCGGAGGAGCUGGGCGAUAAAACAGCGGAGGAACAUUCGGAUGAGAUGGAAGAGGAUGAUGACGAAAUAGAGGAAGAAAAGAAGCAGCCACAAGAAGAGGCACAACCCAGUUUAAUGGUCACUUUAAUACCACCUAUUCAAUGUCCACCGGAAAGGGUUCCUCCACACACGCAGCCCAGUCGUCCGCCACUUCCUCGCAGCUGCAGCAGUGCCAACUCCUCAUCUUCCUUGAGCAACGAUGGAAAUGUAUCUGGAAAGUCCAUUAGUCGCACACGCAGAUCGUAUCCUUGUCCUUUAUGUCAUCGUCCCUUCGGAACUCGUCAUAAUCUUAAACGCCACUAUAUGAUCCAUACUGGAGAAAAGCCCUUUAGCUGCUCAAAAUGUAGGAAACCUUUCAGGGAGUGCUCCACGCUCAAAAAACACAUGGUCACUCAUGUCAGGGAUCGAUGGUACAAGUGCCUGAGGUGUCCCUCCAAAUUCAGGGACUAUCUGGAGUACUCUGAUCACAAGUCCAGUCAUCUGGAUCAGCUAAGUAGCCGCAAAUCGUCCAUUUACGAAAGUGACGAUGAUGGCGACAGUUCCGUGGAAGACUGUCUAGAAUGCUGCGAAUGUCAGCAGCGAUUCACGGAUUUGGAUGCUUAUACGGCCCAUCUUAAACGGCACGACUUGGAAUUGUACGGGAUGAGUAUUGAUGAUGUGGUGGACGAGGAGCAGGAGGACGUAGAUGUGGCAUAAAAAAUGUUUCGAGCCCACAAUUAAUAUAAACUGAGCGGGAAUUGUGAAUUCUCGGUCUGUCUUUCUAAUGCAUAAAAUGGAUUGAAAAUCUCUUAUUUUAUAUAAAUUAGCUAAUAAGGUUCAUUAAUGCAUUCCCGAUUAAUAUAUUUAAAUGCAUAUAUA